AAAAUCUAAGAUUUCCGACACAGGAAUCAAAUCUGAGGGUGACACCACACAACCCUCUCAGUCCAACUCAAGUGCAACAUCGGAGGAGGGGCCCUCUGUGGGAAAUAUGACACAGGAGCGACAGGAAAUACAGGCAAAUAAGAAACAAAAAUACAUUCCCAUGCCAGAUUCUAGGGAAAUUCAGCAGAUCUUAUGCGACCAGUUUAAACGUUUACAAGAUCACAUGAAGAGUAGGUAUCCACAGGGGAAAUCUGAGUCUGAAGUGAUAGAGUUGAUGAGGGAGGAAUUUGGUAAGAAACCGGAGAGUUUUACUGAAGUGUACAGGUUAACAGAGCUGGCAGAAGUGACCACCUCAGUCUGUAAGGUCGAACACGAAUUCAUCGAAGGAACAGGUUUCCUGCUGUUCGAUAACUUCAUCCUGACAAAUGGUCAUUUGUUCAAGGAUAAAGGUGUACUUCAGGGAAAGACACUGUCGGUUCCCACAACUGUCACGUUUAAUUUUGACAACCCACUUGGAUCAGGUCAGUGGAAGGUAAAUGUUAAACCAGAAGUGGUUGCCCUCCAAUAUGGAGUUGAUAGGUGGGGGCGUCAGGUUGACUAUGCCAUACUGGAGUUGAGUACCCCAUUAAAUGGCUAUAAGUUUCCUCCAGGUGUCCUUCAGAAGUAUGGCCCAGUCCCUCAGACAGGUGGGAUCUACAUCGUUGGCCAUCCAGAUGGAGGCGUUAAAAAGAUGGACUACACGACCAUAAUAGAGGUGGAACAAAGAAAUGCAGCUCAGAUCAAACAUUUAGGAGAGAACGAGAGCUCCAUCAUGUCCAUCAAAGAAAGCAUUUUGGCUGAUGAGUUGGACAAAAAGUUUCAUGAGCAGAUAAUGCAGGGGAAUCUGCAUGUGCUGACCUAUAACACCUUCUGCUUUAAUGGAGCCUCUGGGUCUCCGGUUAUAAAUCCCAGUCAUUGUCAAGUAAUUAAUGGCAUCCCAGUAUAUGGCUGCCAGGUGAUUGCCAUGCAUACUGGUGGUUUUUUGUACAAAUGUAAGGAAACUCAAGAAACUCAGAGUGUGAUUGAAUAUGCAAUCCCUCUCAGGACCAUUCUAGAAAACGUAUUGGUCUACUUGGUGGACACAAACAAUGUUCAAAUGUUGGCAAGAUUCACCGAUGUUGCCAUGGAAAACCCACAUCUGUUUGAGCUCAUCGAGAUGACACACACUAACCCUAACCCCUAACCCCUAACCCUAACCCCUAACCCCUAACCCUAACCCUUAUCAUCGAGAUGACACACACAUUGCAGCCUGGAUACUCUGAUAUCCUUGACGGAAUAUGGAAGACAAUAUCAAAAAGGCGUAAAAGAGAUGAGAUGCAGAAAUUGAUCAUUGAAAUAAGUGUAGGUACAUCAAGGAUCGAAUUGAAGUGCUGAACUGUGUUUUAACAGAAGUUAGGGCGGCUGUGGAUGUCACCUGUGUGUUGGGAAGCAUCUUUAGGACAUUUAAAUGAAAAAAAUAAUGCUUUUAUUGUCACACACACAGCAGAUAUGUGCAGUGAAAUGGAUUGUUUUACAGGGUCAGCCAUA